AUGGAUACUUAUGGAUCUGCCAAUGGAUCGACGAAGUACAGGACGGUGUCGUCGCAGCCCGAGAAUCCGUUCGCCAAACUUAUCCCCGACCAGACCUUUGCCGUCAUCCCCCGGGUCACGCUCGAAUCCGGCGUCGUGUUACACAAUGUCAGCGUUGCCUACAAGACCUACGGUACCCUCGCGCCCAGCGGAGACAAUGCCAUGGUGAUAUGCCAUGCGCUCACCGGAAGCGCUGACGUGGGAGACUGGUGGGGACCGUUGCUAGGUGGGCCUGGGAAGGCUUUUGAUAUAUCGCGCUUCUUCGUCGUCUGUAUGAACAGUCUCGGCAGUCCUUACGGGAGCGCAAGCCCGGUCACAGCAAAAGAUGGCGACGUCUCGCUGGGUCCGUACGGACCCGAGUUUCCACUGACAACUGUAAGAGACGAUGUCAAUGUCUUCAAGCUCCUCUUGGAUGAUCUUGGUGUGAAGCAGGUCGCUGCCGUCAUUGGAGGAUCCAUGGGCGGUAUGCUUGUCCUCGAGUUUGCCUACUUCGGAAAAGACUACGUCAAGACCAUCAUCCCGAUAGCCACUUCCGCUCGCUACAGCGCAUGGGGCAUCAGCUGGGGCGAAGCGCAACGGCAAAGUAUCUACAGUGACCCCAAAUACGACGACGGCUAUUACGCAUAUGAAGAUCCUCCAUCGACCGGGCUUGGAGCCGCACGCAUGUCUGCUUUACUGACUUACAGAAGCCGCGACUCGUUCGAAUCAAGAUUUGGGCGCAACACACCAGACCUAUCCAAGAAACAGAGCAUCAAUACUGUACCGCGACCGACCACUCCGUCCAAUCCCUCCCAUGAACACUGGGCGAUACACAACCACGGUCACAAGAACGCUGGCUCGCCGCGUCUGAUGUCACGGACAAACAGCAGUACCGCCAUACCCGGUUCUGCAGCCGCACAUGCCGACCUCGAGUUCCAUGAUGCAUCGGACCCAGCCACUCCGAACCUCGAAAGGUCAAGCUCGACAAGUAGCAACAGUCAAUUCCCGCGCUCAUCGAAGCCUCUUGCGCCGCACUACUUCUCAGCACAGUCCUACCUCCGUUACCAGGCCGACAAGUUCAUCAAGCGUUUUGACGCUAAUUGUUACAUCGCAAUCACAAGAAAGCUGGAUACGCAUGAUGUAUCCCGCUACCGCUAUCCUGAAGGCGAGACACCCGACACACUAGAUCCAGUAUCGGCCCUUCAUUAUGCGCUUUCCUUGAUUGAACAGCCUACACUGGUACUAGGUAUACAGUCGGACGGUCUCUUCACAUUUGCCGAACAGAAGGAAUUGGCCGCUUGUAUUCCCAAGGCUACACUUAAGACGAUCGAUUCUCCAGAUGGUCACGACGCCUUCCUCCUCGAAUUUGAGCAGGUAAACAAACACUUACUAGGCUUCCUCGAGACCGAGCUUCCAGAGAUCAUGAAUAGAACACCAAACGUAGAGACCGCAACAAGCGAUUCUGGUAUGGUCGCCACCAAAAGCAGCACGUUUGGUGAGGCUGAGGUCGACGAUAUCACGGCAUGGUAA